AUGAUCACACCACAGGGCACAUUUCACGGAGGCCUGGAUGAGCACGUCCGACUUCUACUGAGAGAUAUCGCUUUACAAAGUAAAGGGGACUUUAGGGUCAUUUAUGGAGGUGAGGAGAAAAGAAAGGAUGAGACGUGUGGGAGUCUGGAGAAGAGAAAGAGGAAUGAAGAUCUGAAAGAGAUGCUGGAAAGCAACAAAGAGUCUCUGAAGCUGGAGGCCAUGAGAGGAUUGUGGGCAUUCUUCAAAACAAUAUACUUUGUUAAUGUUCAUCUUAAGAAGGAAGCUCACACGGGUUUGGAGAGAAACUUGAGGGGAAGCCCUUGGUUGAUGAAGAAUGAAUGUUUAGAUGGAAGGAAUGAUUGUCUGGAUAGAGGACAGGAAAAGACAGUGAAAGGUGUUUGGCUGAAGAAGACGCGCUGUCUGUUUUUGAGGGGCCAGUGUGUAAUUGUGGUCCAGAUUCCCAGUCACGUUCUCUCUGUCUCCCCCCGACGUCUGAUGCUCCAGCGCUGGGGCAGCUGUGUGCGGAACGCUGUGUGCUCUCUGGAGCUCGGAGACACAGGGGACGCUGGAUCCCAAUCAGCUGAUCAGAGCGAGCGCUCUCAGGGUCCUGUCCAGCUCAGAGUCCCCAUCAUCGUCCCCAUCAUGAUGCUGUCCAUCAAAGAAGCAUCCACAGUGUACGACCUUUCACCUUAUGUGCGGAAAACCGCUGCUCAUGUACGGGCCAUUUCAGAACUCUACAGAGUCUCUGCGUUUUGUCUUCCAGGUCUGGACCCAGAUCAGAAAGAGCAUCUGAUCGAAGUGAUUGAGAAACUCCUGAAAGACAAAAGCACGCUGGUUGCUGGCAGCGUGGUGAUGGCGUUUGAGGAGGUCUGUCCGGACCGGAUUGACCUGAUCCAUAAGAACUAUCGCAAGCUGUGUAACCUGCUGGUGGACGUGGAGGAGUGGGGUCAGGUGGUCAUCAUACACAUGCUGACCCGAUACGCCAGGACGCAGUUUGUCAGCCCGUGGAGAGAGGACGCUGUGUUUGACGAGAACAGUGAGAAAGCGUUUUAUGAUUCAGAGGAGGAGAGGAGAGUGGAGCAGUCCAAACCGUACAUCAUGGAUCCAGACCACAGACUCCUGCUCAGAAACACUAAACCACUGUUACAGAGCAGAAACACUGCAGUUGUGAUGGCAGUAUCUCAGCUCUACUGGCAUUUGGCUCCUAAACAUGAACUUAGCAUCAUCACCAAGUCUCUUGUGAGGCUCUUAAGGAGCCACAGGGAAGUUCAGUACAUUGUGUUGCAGAACAUAGCCACCAUGUCCAUUCAGAGGAAGGGAAUGUUUGAGCCCUUCAUGAAGAGCUUCUAUGUGAGGUCUACAGAUGCCACGCACAUCAAAACACUCAAGCUGGAGAUCUUGACUAACCUGGCUAAUGAAGCAAACAUCUCCACCAUACUGAGAGAAUUCCAGACGUAUGUGAAGAGUCAGGAUAAGGCGUUUGCGGCGGCCACCAUCCAGGCCAUCGGCCGUUGUGCCACUAACAUCUCUGAAGUGACCGACACCUGCCUCAACGGCCUGGUCCUGCUGCUGUCCAACAGAGACGAGACUGUUGUCGCAGAGAGCGUCGUAGUCAUCAAGAAACUUCUGCAGACUCAGCCGUCACAGCACAGUGACAUCAUCAAACACAUGGCCAAACUCUUCGACAACAUCACUGUCUCAAUGGCGAGGGCCAGCAUCCUGUGGCUGAUGGGUGAAUACUGUGAACACGUGCCUAAAAUCGCCCCCGACGUCCUGCGAAAGAUGGCCAAGACCUUCACCAGCGAGGAGGACAUUGUCAAACUCCAGACGGUCAACCUUGCUGCCAAACUCUACCUGACCAAUUCCAAACAGACUAAACUGCUGACUCAAUACAUUUUGAACUUGGGCAAGUACGAUCAGAGCUAUGACAUCAGAGACCGAACGCGGUUCAUUCGUCAGCUGAUCGUCCCAAACGAGAAGAGCGGAGCCCUGAGCAAAUACGCUCGCCGCAUCCUGAUGGCGCCCAAACCGGCUCCUGUCCUGCAAUCUGCCUUCAAAGAUCGAGACCGGUUUCAGCUUGGCACGCUCUCUCAUUCGCUUAAUUCCCAGGCCAAUGGAUACCUGGAGCUUUCUGAUUGGCCGGCUGUCGCUCCUGACCAAUCAGUGAGAAUUGUGGAGGUAGUAGAACCGGUGAAAGAGGCCGGAGCACCAGUGUUUGGUAAAUCCAAACCUGGCAAAUCAGAUGAGAAGUUCUACUCUGAUUCUGAGGAGGAGGAAGAGGAGGAGGAAGAGGGAAGCAGUAGUGAGGACAGCAGUAGCAGCAGCAGUGAAGAAUCAGAAAGCGAAUCUGAGAGUGAGGAGAACAGCGAUGAUUCGAAUAAGAGCAGCUCCAGUCAAUCAGAUUCAGAAAAGAAGAAGAAAACUCUAAAAAACAAAAAACUACAACAGCAGAAACCGGACAGCAAAGACAGGAAGCAGAAGAAUGGGAGCGCUGUAAAGGGUGAAUCCAGGUCCGAAAGUGAAUCAGCCUCUGAGAGUUCCUCAUCUGAAAGUUCAUCUGAAUCCGGAUCAGAAUUAGAUUCAGAUUCAGACUCGGGGACAGACCAGAAGAAAAACACUAGGUCUAAACCUGUGCAGUCUAAACCAGUCACAACGGUUGAGAAAAAGGAAGUGUCUCUGCUUGAUCUGGAUGACUUCUCGCCCGCGGCGGUCACCACACCCAAGAGCUCCAUCCUGUCUCCUAGUCUGCUGUCUGACCUGCAAGGGCUCUCGAUCUCACCCACUGCAUCGGCCUUACAGGCGAGUUCUCCCGUGUUUGUGCCGGAAACCUCCCGUGAGCUGCUCCACAGGAUGACGGGUAAAGGUUUGUCCGCCCAGUACCGCUUCACCCGGCAGCCCUGUAUCUAUGGCAACAGCAUGGUAUCCCUGCAGCUGACGCUAAGCAACAGUAGUGACCAAGCCCUGGAGAACAUCCACAUCUCUGAGAAGAGUUCCACUGGACAAAACAUCCACCGCUUUAAUGCUAUCGAGCGUUUGGAGCCGCAGGCGUCAGUAACAGUGUCCAUGGGUGUUGACUUCAAUGACUCCACACAAGCUGCGAAACUGGUGGGCAUGAACGAAGUCAUCGGCAACAAUUACCAGGACGCCAGAGAAUUCCUCCAGCCAAUCAGGCUGUGUAAAUGGGAGGCAGAUGGCAGUGUAUCAGGCACGUGGGUCCCCCUCAGUGAGAGAGGGAACGAGAGACAGACAGGAAGGAGGUACAAGGGCGCUGAGGUCGGACAGGGUCGUGUCUGCACUGUCAGUGGACCCGCGUGUGGCGCCAGCACUCAAUCUGAAGUCAUUCUGUGCAUUGCUGACAGAAAAAUGCUGGUUCUGGCUCUGCACUGA